UCACUUCGACGUCUCUCCCCUCGCCAUUGCUUCUGAUUCCUGAUUCCCUCUCUCAAUCUUCUACACUCCGCAUCUGCGCUUCGCACUCACUUCCAAGGCCUCAGUGUUGAUUUCUGCGCCGGGAGGCAAUUUUGUACCACUUGGGUUUCUCAUGGCACUGCUGUCAUUGUUGCAUUGAGAGCACUGAUUGAAUCCAUCGCCAGGUUUGUUGUUGAUGUACAAAAUUGGCUACCUGUUCUUCUCCGAUCUUUGUCCCGACACGUGAACGCACGAUUCAUGAUCUGAGUGAAUGGAAAAAUAAAUAUGUAGACUCGGUAUUUAUAUGCAUCACCUGCUGUCCAUGGGUGGGCUCGUCAAGCAAAAAUUUCUAUCCUAGACAUCACAUAAGUAAGACAGCGUUCUAUGGACACGGCACCUCCUGGGCUGCUGUCAUGGCAGCCCGGCACACUUAGUCCUCAAUUAAAUUGUCAGAAAUUCCGCAAGUCCUCUUCAAGGAAACACCAGUGGGCAAGGCAAUCGAAAGCAAACAACGUAGGAGUGACAGGUCGCAGGGCGCAUCUUGCGAAGUGGUGUAGCCAGAGUGAAAGAAGUCUACGGGACAGAGUGAGCGUAGUACCGAAACGAGGGACCACUGAUUCCUUGGCCUCGAAUUCCUCACAUUCGCUGAGUGGAUGUAAUGGGAGUGGAUUGUCAGAAGUUGUGCGCAGGAAGGUGCAUCCUUGCCGCCAUGUGUGCAAUGCAGCUGACAAUGGCGCUCUCUACUCUUCUGCAGAUCUGAGUGCUAAUGGAUCCUAUGAUUCCAAAGGCCACGAAGGGAAUGGGUCCGUAGUGCAUGCAGAGGAACAGAGUUUUCUAUUGCGCUUGUCCUUGUUUUGGAAGGCGAUCAGAUCAUUUUUUCCAAAUGGAAGCUGGUGGAGGGUCAUUGAGAGACAGCAUCAGAGGGCACAUAACAUAACCUUCACGGGCGCCAUGCAGCGGCUAUGGGUUCUUAUCUCUCCUGAUAAGCUUAUCAUUGGUUUGGCCUUCGCUGCUCUUGUUAUUGCAGCCUUAUCUGAGAUUACAAUACCUCAUUUCGUGGCAGCCAUGAUCUUCUCGGCACAAAAGGGAAUGACAAGUGACUUUUAUGGCAAUGCAAAACUGCUGGUCUUAAUGAGCUGUACAUAUGGUCUUUUCAGUGGAAUAAGAGGGGGCUGCUUUGGUAUUGCGAAUCAAAUUUUGGUUAAGCGGAUGCGGGAAUUGCUUUUUUCUACUCUUUUGUCUCAGGAUAUCGCUUUUUUUGACGCGGAGUCUGUUGGGGCACUUACCAGCCGAUUAGGAUCAGAUUGUCAGCAAGUGUCACGGAUUAUUGGCAAUGAUUUGAAUAUCAUGUUUCGUAACGGGCUUCAGGGUUUAGGGGCGUUCAUGUAUCUUGUAACUCUCUCAUGGCAGCUUGCAUUGACUACUCUUGGUGUUUGUAGCCUCAUGUGGUUCUUAACCACAAUUUAUGGCCGGUAUCAGAAACGAACUUCAAGGUUUGCUCAAGACUUAAUUGCAUCAGCCAAUGAAGUGGCAGAAGAGGCAUUUUCACUUUUAAGAGUGGUUCGCACUUUCGGUACUGAACAGCAAGAAGUUGGAAGGUACAGCAAGUGGUUACAGAAGCUCAUGGAGAUUAACCUUCGCCAGAACAUUGCCUACGCGUUUAGCACUUUGAGCUCUUGCACACUUUACCAUGGUACUCAGGUGGUUGCACUGAUAAUUGGAGGCGGCUUCGUGAUGUCCGGUCAAAUUAGUGCUGAGAAACUUACAAAAUUUAUUCUUUACUCUGAAUGGGUUGUACACUCCACCUGGUGGGUGGGCGACCAUUGGGCUUCUUUGAUGCAAGCCAUAGGUGCCAGUGAGAAGGUUUUCCAGCUCCUUGACCUUCCACCAAGCCUCCAGCUGACUGCUCCAGGUAUCACUCUUCCAAAUGUUCAAGGAUGCGUACAAUUUGUCGACAUCUCGUUCAGUUACCCUACUCGACCUAAGGUUCCCGUGCUUCAAAAUGUGAACCUAACCAUCAACAGUGGUGAACUUGUAGCUGUGGUCGGCCUGAGUGGCAGUGGGAAAAGCACUCUUGUGAGUUUACUUCUACGUCUCUAUGAACCUUCGAGUGGACAGGUCGUGGUAGAUGGGGUUCCCCUGCAAGACCUCGAUAUACGAUGGUUCAGGAAGCAACUUGGGGUUGUGAGCCAGGAGCCUCGACUGUUCAGCAUGGAUAUAGCAUCCAACAUUGCAUAUGGCUGCGACGGCGAUGUUGACCAGAUGGAGAUUGAGCGGGCUGCUAAGCUGGCAAAUGCUCAUGAUUUCAUCAUCUCCCUUCCAGAUGGGUACAAAACGAUGGUUGAUAACACUCGGUUGAGUGGGGGUCAGAAGCAACGAAUUGCUAUUGCCAGAGCCCUCCUAAGGGAUCCUGCUAUUUUGGUUCUUGAUGAGGCGACAAGUGCUCUUGAUGCCGAGAGUGAACAUCUUGUGCAGAAAGCAUUAGAUCGCGCUAUGCGAGGAGAUGGAGGCAGAAAUAAGCGCACUGUUUUAGUAAUUGCUCACAGGCUAUCAACAAUACGUGCUGCAGAUCGCAUCGUGGUUAUGACAAAUGGCCAGGUUUCUGAGACGGGCAGUCACGAGGAGUUGCUUAAAUUAGAUGGCGAUUACGCUCGGUUAACCAAACGACAACUUAGUACAUUGUCUCAGUAGAGAAAGGCUUUGCUCUGACAAGUGUUGAUUUCUUAAGCGGCACUUGUUCAUAACUAUUCAUCUCUACAGCUGUUCUGAAUCCAUGUGAAAACGAUAGGUGUGGACAUGAAGGCGUCCAUGCACUUGUGGAGUUUUCCAAAAGAUGAAAAUACAAAUAAAUAAAUAAAUAAAUAAAUAAAUAAAAGUAAAACAGUUACCUGAUGUAAA